AUGACCAAAGACAGCCAAUUUACCAUAGUCGUUAAACUUGGCUCUUCAUCUAUUGUUGAUGAGCAUACAAGAGAGCCUCGUAUAGCCAACAUGUCACUGCUAGUGGAAACACUAGUAAAGCUUCGGCGCCAAGGCCAUAGAAUCGUGUUUGUCUCCUCCGGUGCCAUUGCAGUUGGCAUGAGGAAGCUGAAGAUUUUUAGUAAACCGAAAAAGUUGGCUACCAAGCAGGCACUUGCUGCAGUAGGUCAAGGUGAGUUGAUCUCUAUGUGGGAUGAGUUAUUCGCACACCUGAAUCAGACCACUGCACAAAUCCUUUUAACAAGGAAUGAUAUCAUGGACUUUUCUCAAUUUUCAAACGCUGAAAAUACUCUGAGAGAGUUAUUAGAUAUGGAUAUCAUCCCCAUAGUCAAUGAAAACGAUACCAUUUCCACUCAGGAGAUUAAAUUUGGUGAUAAUGAUACGCUAUCUGCAAUUACCGCGGGAAUGUGCAAUGCCGAUUUCUUGUUCCUCCUAACAGAUGUUGACUGCCUUUAUACGGAUAAUCCACGGACAAACCCUGAGGCCAAACCGGUGUUUCUUGUCAAGAAUAUGAAUAGUUUAGACGUGAAUACUAAGAGUUCAGGGUCCAGUAUAGGUACUGGAGGUAUGAAGACCAAGCUCAUUGCUGCAGAUUUGGCCACUAAUGCUGGUGUCACUACCGUGAUUUGUGAUUCCAAACAUCCUCAAAACAUGCUGAACAUAGUGAAGUAUAGUUGCAAGGAAGACAAUGAUUUGAGAUUGUCUGCAGACACCUUGCCUCAGGAAGAUUCCAAAGAAUUUACGAAGACGAAUGAGGACGAAUUGGUCAAGAUGAAACGUUGUCACGUGCCAUUACAUACCCGGUUUAUUGGACAGCCAAAAAAUACAGUAAAAAACAAGCAGUUCUGGUUACUUCAUGGACUGAAGCCUCAUGGAGAAAUCAUUAUAGAUACAGGAUGCUACAAGGCUAUAACGAGAAGAAAUAGAGCAGGCUUAUUACCAGCAGGAGUUUUGGGGGUUGAAGGCAACUUCCAUCAGAUGGAAUGCGUGGAGAUCCGACUAGGAUUUAGAGACGAGUCGGGAAAGUGGGAUACCUCCAAGGGUACAUAUUUAAUCGGAAAAGGCCGAUCGAAUUACUCGUCUUCAGAGGUGAACAAGGUGAAGGGGCUACAUAGUCGUGACAUUAGAUCACAACUAGAGUAUGUAGAUUCCGAGUACGUCGUACAUAGAGACAACUUGGCAUUUCCAAUCCACGAGGAUCAGGAGCUACUUGAAGCAUUAGGGAAGUGGAAGAUAUAA